ACACCUGUUAAACCCACCCUGAAGUUGGAGAUAAGAAGAGGAGAGAGAGGGAGAGAGAUGGAUUGGAGUUGUUGCAGUAAAGCUCCAUUAUCUAAUCUUGUUCCAUUUUCCUCGUUUACCUCAUCCCACUCCCACCAACAUCUUGCUCUCUCAUCUUUCUCCAAGUCCUCUUCCUUUACUUGCUACGCUGGCAUCAGGUUGAAACACUGGCCUCUUCACUCUUCGCUCACCACCAAAUCACAGCCACAGCUCCAUUCUCUGGUUUUUUCUUCUUCCUCUUUCGCAAAUCACAUUUGCCGGGCGGCCGAAUACAAAUUUCCCGAUCCAAUUCCUGAAUUCGCCCAAGUUGAGACGGAAAAGUUUAGGACCCAUCUUAUUAACAAAUUCUCCAAGAAAGAUAUAUAUGGAGAUUCUGUUGAAGAAGUUGUUGGAAUCUGCACGGAGAUUUUCAGUACUUUCUUACACACCGAGUAUGGGGGUCCUGGGACACUCUUGGUCAUUCCUUUCAUUGACAUGGCUGAUACUCUGAAUGAACGGGGUUUGCCUGGAUCACAAGCUGCCCGUGCUGCAGUCAAAUGGGCCCAAGACCAUGUUGACAAGGACUGGAAUGAAUGGACUGGUGAUGAUGGUAAUUAAUAGGAAAGCCUCCUCAUGUUCAAGUAAUCAUUACGAGUAUUGAUUAGGUUGUGAGAGCUCAUGGUGCAGUUUUGAAAUCCUUAAUUCAUGCACACCGUGUAAAACCGACUGGUGACUUUAAGUCACUUGAGGAUGUAAAAGUUUUGCAGGUUUUGUUCUAAUUGAGAUUUGGCAAGAAAGUUUAUGAACUUUUUGCUGUUGGGAUAUUCAGUGCUGUGCUUUGAGAAGAACUUCAAUUGAAGGUUUUAUGAUGUGGAAGAUUGUUCUAAUAUCUUUUCAUCUUUUGUUACUCAAUUUACAGAGGCAAUAUACAGCAAAUGGAUUCAUGA